AUGUUCAGACUAUCCACAUUGUGCAGAUCCUCCUCAGCGUUUGAUCUCCUCGGACGCGUGCCGCUACGCGGUCGUCCACGUUAUACUCAGGAGCAGUCCCCAAGAAAGAAAGUGAUGGAUGGAGAUGCACUCAUGGCAGCAGCUACAAUACCAAAAGCAAAGCCGAAAACUUCACAUUUCGCUACUCAAGUUGCCUUAUUGGAAGUGGAAGAGCAACACCAAGAACAACAACAACAACAAAUUGCCUCAGAUGCACUUUGUGUGACUACCGAUGCGGUAGAUGAUGAUAUUGUUGUAGAUGAUGUACACGGCAAACACUUACAGGAAGUUGCUGCCUCUUCAGAACGAGAAAAAUUUUGCGAACAUCAUCCGGCAGCGAGAGGAAUAGGUAUGGAUAUUAUUGAUAUGGUAACAGACGCUUUUAAGGAAGAGCGAAAACGACUUAUUGCCCAACGUCGUCGUGUGUUGUAUGAACUGACACAUCCGAACCCAUCUGAUUACACAUAUAAUGGGAAAUUGGUGCCACCACCACCAUUGACGUUUGGUAAAGUAUUGGAAGAGUCCAAAUCUCUUGGUAAUAAAAUAAUGCUGGGUCAACAUUAUACACUUGUAAAACAAGCAGGUGUACGACGAGAGAAUGCAAAUGCUAUCACAGAAGUAGGGGUGGGACGUAAUCAUAAUGAACAACAAGGACGAGGAAAAGGAAGAGGAAGAGGUCAACGCCAAACAACUAUGUUUGAUAAUCAUAAUUUUUUCUUUGAAAUUAAUGAAUUAUACCAGGAGAUUGUUUUGGUUGGUAAAGCAUGUGCAGGAAAGUCGAGUCUACUAAAUGCACUUCUUGGACAACCUGUGGCAAAAACAAGUAGUACCCCUAAUACAACACGACAAAUUUCCUUCUAUCAGAGUGUUUCACCAGAAGAAAUGCAACAAUAUCUUAGUAAAGAAGGGGGUAAUGGUUUAGUAAAACUUCCUGGAGGUGGAUUACAACUUACUUUUGUAGAUGUUCCUGGUUUUGGUAUUGAAGGGAUGUCUGACCAGUGGCGUGAUAAGGCUAUAGAGUUGACAGAUGCUUACCUUGGAGUGCGACGAUCUGUGAAUACUGUGCUCCUUUGUAUUGAUUGUGAACGUGGACUCACAAAAACGGAUUUACGCUACUUUACAUGGUUAGAAAAUCUACAUGGGGUAUUUUUUGUAGUUUUAACAAAGUGUGACUCAGUACCACACUCUCGUAUUUGUUCCGUUAUGCGUCAAAUUUAUGCUGCUAUAACAAAACAUCGUCGUAAGUAUCGAAAAGUUUUCCCGUUUAUUAUUCCUACUUCUGCAAAGGAUGGAACAAAUGUGGAAUAUCUUCGUGGACUUAUUGCAGAGACAUCUGGUCUUAUUCCUGGUGACCGACUACGGGAAAUGCUUAAGAAAAAAGCAGACGCUGAAAUGCAGACAGCCCUAGAGGAAGAAUCUAAACGUCUUCAAGAAGCACGUCAGAUAGAAACUCAAAAAGCAAAAGACUUUUUCGCAGCCACACGAGGAAAUGGAAACCAGGCUCUCUUGAGUUCUAAGCAAGAGAUACCAGCAUCACCAAUAAUUAUGAAGGAGCGAAAAUUUGUACUUAACUUGGAUGAUCAAGAUGGUCAAAAAAAGGUUUCUGAUACUGUUACAUCUACAUCACCUACAUCAACGGAACCCUUGUUAACUUUUCAGAGAGGUGAUAAAAUGAGUGAAUGCGGAGUUGGAGAUGAUGAGAAAGUGAGGCGGCGUCAGCGUUUUUUGGCGUGGCGCCGGGAACACCCACUGCAGCGUCAUCAAUCCGAUUAUGGAACCUUUCGUCUAAACACUGGUUUGGAACGACCAGAUGCUGCAUGGCUUGAAUUGCCAUACAUGGAGAAGACGACGACGGGAGCUGCCGAGGUGGAGAAUGUACCCUCUUCCCCAGACGGCGUCUCGUCUCCUACUCCUCCUCCUACGACUGCGGGGGAUCCGGUUUCUUCUUCUUCUUCCUCUUCUUCCACUGAGUCUGCGGUGCUGGGCGUUGGCGGUAGUCCUCCUGUGCGGCCGGCCGGGCGGGGCGGCACCGUCUCGCGCUUCCUCGACGUUCUCGAGCGGUACGGCGGGCGGGAGGCUCCACUCGAGCGCCAUGGCCGCCGCGCUGCCGCCCGCGAGGCGCGACUCCGCCGUCAUUUCGACCCCGCCGCGGCGCCUUUUCUCGCGGAGGAGCCCGACGGCCGCGUGGCGCCGUUCCGUGCGGGGCGGAAGUGCGGCCCGUCGCUCGUGGCGCCCGACGCGAAUGUUGCGGCGCGGGGGGCGGCGUGGGCGGCGCGGCGGUACGCGAAGGCGGCGGCAACAGCGGCCCCAACGGCCCCGUGGACAGCCGUCGAGACACUCCGCCGCCGGGCCUCACGACUGCGGGAGGAGGCCGCCGCCAAUGGCAUGAAGCCAAGUGAACUGAAAGCAUAUGUGCGUAAUGCCGGAGGGAUUGUGGAGGAUUUUGCAAAGUUUGAGGGUGAAGUCAGCACGGCAAAGUGGAUGAAUGAAGUGCGACAGGCAAAGACACUACGAUCACAGCAGCAGAUGCAUCUUAAUAGUACGGCAAAAAUAUCCUACCGCUCCAUGCCCGUUGGAUUGUGGAAGCACUAUGGUGAAAAGGAUACCUACUGGCCCACACCUCGUGUACAGGGUCGCUGA